GCUUCGCCCGCGACAGCGUUCCGCUCUCUUCAGCUCUGCGGCCGGGUCGAGACGUCGAAGGGGAAGUCCUGGACGCCGAGUAGGGAGUUGACUUCGGGAAGAUUCGCCACCGGCCUCAGUUACCGUUGGGUGAUGGCGAGGCCAAGCCACAGUGAACAUGUCCUCCAGCAGCUCAACAACCAGCGUGAGUGGGGCUUCCUGUGUGACUGCUGCAUCGCCAUUGGCGACAUCUACUUCAGAGCCCACAAGGCUGUCCUGGCUGCCUGCAGCUCCUAUUUCAGGAUGAUGUUUAUCAGAGACCAGCAGGGGGCAGCGCGGCUGGACCUCAGCAACAUGCAGAUCAGUGCUGAGUGCUUUGACCUCAUCCUCCAGCUCAUGUAUCUAGGUCGCAUCGUUGUGGGCAGCUACGAGUUUGAGGAGCUGAAAGCAUCUAUGGCGUACCUGCAGAUGUACUACAUCCCAGACUCACUGGAGGACCUUAGGGACAUCAGGGGGUCGAACCUAACACCUUCCUCUUCAGCCUCAUCUUCAUCAUCAUCUAGCUCCUCAUCCACCGGUGCUGCUGGCGGGAAGAUGAUGUUUGGCGUUCGUAUGUACGAGAAACAGAGGCCUGCUGCUUCAGAAGCGGAGCAUUUGCCGAAAGCUGUCAGCAGCAGUGUGCGGCAAGUUGUCCCUGUUGCCAUCAGCAGACCAUUGGUGGAGGAGGUGGUACCCACCCCUCUGAUUGUAGCUCAACCUCUCGUCGACAGUGGCGCUGAGCAACCAUGUGACUUGAGAAAGAGGUCAGGUGGACGGGGCUCAACUCUUAAAGAGCGUCCACGAUUCGGACGCACCUACACCUGCGAUGAUUGUGGCUUUGUCUUCAGCUGUGAAAAGCUGCUGAUUGAGCACAUCCUGACCUGCACCAACCGCAAAGCUUACCAGCCUCCCAGGACCAGUGCCGAGGGAGAUAAUGAGUCUGCUAAAGCUGAGAGCUCAGCCUCAGAGAGCCUGGAGGAACACAGGGUCACCUGCAAAGGUGAGGAUGACUGGUCUGAACAAAAGCUUGACGCUGAGCCCAUGAUCCGCUCAGUGGCAGCCGGGACAGACAGUGAACCAGGCUCUACCAGGAUCAUCUCUAUUAAAGCUGAACCAGAAGAGGGUGUGUUUCCUGAGAUAGAAGUGGUGCGGGUGGGCGAGCACAGUCCUAGAGACUGCACCAUGAGACUCAAAGACUCCAUUAGGGACAAGAAAGGAUUUGAGCGUGAAUCGGAGCCGGGGGUCUCAGCCAUGGAGGACAGCAGCGAGCCUUUUGAGGGACAUAUGUCCAGCAGCGAAGAGUCAGGAAUCCCCACCAAACUCCGCAAGGUCAAAGAGGAGAAGCAGGAGGAUGAUUAUGGUCCUUGUGAAUUAUGUGGCGUUCUGUUAACAGAGGAAGACAAGUCUGCCCACUACCUCUCCAACCAUAUGGGGCACAUCUGUGCCUGCGGGAGGUGCGGCCAGGUGCUGAUUAAAGGCCGGCAGCUCCAGGAGCACGCUGAGCGCUGCGGUGAAUCUCAUGGAGCUGAGUCUGACUCCCAUGGGGAGGAUGACUCCUCUUUGCUGGAGGAGCCACAUGGAAUGGAGGAGGGCUUGCUGGAGGCAGCUGACCUGGCAUGCCCUCACUGUGGCUUGCUGUUCCAGAGCGAGAGCCUAGCGCUGGAUCACGCCCUCACCUGCCACGAGCAGGAGCUGUUCCGCCCAGCACUGCUGGAGGACGGUGCUGAACCAGACCACCGCCGAAAGCACUUCUGUAGCAUCUGUGGCAAAGGCUUCUACCAGCGCUGCCAUCUGCGGGAGCAUUACACCGUCCACACCAAGGAGAAACAGUUCACCUGCCAGACCUGCGGUAAGCAGUUCUUACGGGAACGCCAGCUCAGGCUGCACACCGACAUGCACAAGGGCAUGGCACGCUAUGUCUGCCCCGUCUGCGAGCAAGGCACUUUCCUUAAGCAUGAUCAUGUCCGUCACAUGAUCUCCCACCUGUCUGCCGGUGAAACCAUCUGCCAGGUGUGUUUUCAGAUCUUCCCAGGCGGAGAGCAGCUGGAGAAGCACAUGGAUGUGCACCUGUACAUCUGUGGCGUCUGUGGAGAGAAGUUCCGCCUCCGUAAAGACAUGAGGAGCCACUAUAACUCCAAGCACACCAAGAGACUAUAGGACACAGGAUCCUUACAGUUGUCUAUUAUUAAAGCAAAGCCAUAAAUGUGAGAACAAAUGUAUGCACUUGAACACCAAAAAGAGAACCUUUUAAAUCUGCACUUUUGAAGUAUAUGCAUAACAUAACCUAAGUGGUGGUCAGCUUUGUAGAGGCCUUUCGAGCCUCACGCUCUGGGGAAACAUAAUUUCUUGGUCAUGUCAUUUUAGAAUACUAAUGUGUCCAACAGCAAUCUGACUAACUUACACAUUCAGUUCAAAUGGAUGCUCUUGUCCCAUUGGGUUUUUUUUAAAUCUGUAAUCACCACAUUUAUUUAUACCUUUCUUUUAUGAAUUUACAUUCACAGUGUCAUGAUGACAUGGCACUUCAUAUCUACAAGGGCAGAUAAAAAGCUCUGCGUCUGGUGCCUUUAUUGUAAUAAUGUUACACUAGUGAAAGUCUAGUAUCUGUUGAUCUUAAAACAUUUUCUCUGUGGUGAUGCAUAACGGGAGAUGGAUGGGCACAAAGAAAUAUUAAAGUUAAUAUUUAAAUGGCAAUCAGAUCUUUAGAUGAUGUGACACUAGAAUGGAUCCAUUUGUUGGAAAUCAGUCUGGACUCUGGAUUCUGUGCUGUUUUUAUCAUGUGUACAGUUGGUCUCAGUCCAGAUGUGCUGUGUUCACAUCAGAACCAAUCACAGUGGUAUUGAUUUCACAGCUGGAUUAUCAGAACUACUUAAUAGAUACUGCAGAAUUAAAGGAACAUCAAUGGCAUACAGUUUAUUUACAUGUUAUAUUAGGUUGAUAAAUUGUCUUUCUUUUCAUUUGAAGUGUCUUAGUUAACCAGUUUUUGAAUUUUAAAGUUGGCUUUAUAUUGGCUGUUCAAGCCCCAGGAGACAGUAGGAAGAACGUGACAACAGGAUACAUACAGACAAGAACCAGAACGGAGAAAUAAAUCAAAUGAGUUAAAUGUUUCUCUGUUCAUUAAGCGCGAGGAACAUCGAGACAGACUUGCUGUAGUGAUUGUGUGUCUUUAAAGGAGGGCAAUGCUAAUGUGGAGACCUCCAGAAUUAUGAGGGAGCAUCCAAAAGGUUGUUCAGGGUCACACGUCUCAUACGUUAUGACUCAGUUUGGUGUCUAAUAACAAGUCCACCCUAUGUGAAGAGGGAACGACAAUCCCUGAACCGAGGGUGGCGGGGCUAAGAAUACAUCUGUCACCAUCUUACAAUGCUGUGAUUGCAACUCUUCCCCAAUCCUCUGUGAACAGUACACAUGGACAUUGAAACUAGUUAAUGGUCACACACUUAUGUGCAUGUGAAACUGGUGGUUGGUUCUGGUCGUUAGUUCACUGUAUUGUUUAUAAGGGUGGGACACCUGCAGCCACUGUAUUGUUUAUAAGGGUGGGGACACCUGCAGUCACUGUAUUGUUUAUAAGGGUGGGGACACCUGCAGUCACUGUAUUGUUUAUAAGGGUGGGGAAACCUGCAGUCAGUUGAGACUGAAGAGGUCACUAAGGGCCCUGACACACUAGGCCGACGGUUGGCCAAUGUUGGGCCGUCAGUGAGCGUCUGUGACAAUAGUUUUUGCAGUGUGUCCUGCACCAUCGGCACUAGUCGGACCCUGUGGGCAGCUUUUCAGCCAGUUCAGCAUGUUGAAUCGGCAGAGCCCGUUGGUGAAAGAGAUCACUCUGAUUGGCUGUUCAGCUUAGCAAAUCAGUGCAGAACCUACAUGCUAGUUGGCCGUCGGCUGUAGUCUUUGCGGUGUGUUCAAGUGCUACUUUUUGGCCCAGACAGCAGGCGACGUGAGACGAUGCAACAGUCGGCCUUCGUCGCCGCUAGUCGGUUUGGUGUGUCUGGGCCCUUAGAUGAGUGAUGAAACGUUUCUCUCAAUAAAUGUUGAGUCCAGAUGAACUGAUUUAACUUUCUGUGAAGUCUGUCCUCUGUAGACUGAGCUCUCUGACCGUGGAGUUCUGCAUAUUUUGUCCCUGGAUCAUGUGUGUCAUAUCUAAGGCUGGGGCUUCAUAGCAUUUUCUUGAAGUCGAAUUUGUUUAUCAAAUGCAAAUUUAUUUGAAUCUGGCAUCAAAAUGUUUUCAUAGAUUGUAAAAAAAAAAAAAGGCAAUUUGUUGACUCACAGAUACUGGGGCCCUGUUUUGCUGAUGGGCCGUGAUGUUGGAAUUAGAUGAAAAUAAAGCUUGCUGUCUGAGGGUGUGGAAACACCUGCAUAACAUCAUUGUACCUGCCUGCAUCUCCUGAAGAAUCCACAGUAAAGAGUUAAUGACCUUUUUACUGCAACACUGCGUUUUUAAGCCACAGCAGCCGAAGGCUGUUGUAGAACAAAGGUCAGGAUUUUCUUUGGGGGGGGGCAAAGGAGACUUGUUUAAGUUGAAGUUUAGAGAAUCCGGAUUUUUGAUCAAUUCAGAGCUUAUUCCAAAACAGACGCGGCUAUUGAACCCAAACAGUAGUCGCAUCAGUUUCCUGCUGCACUUGAUGUUCUGUGAAGGCUGUCUCGCCUCUGCUUCAGCCUGUUUCUGCUUCUUCCCCUUGGUUCACUUACUUUGUGGUUGUGGCUUUGUUUUUCUUUUGGGGCGGCACAUCACUCGUUUACCUGAUGAUGGUGUCUGCAGUAGUGACGAUGUUAAAUCCUCUUCAGUGAGCUAGACUCAGCCAGUCUCUCAGCAGACCAGCUGUCCCAUUUCAGUGCACGAGCGCUGUUCUGCUGGCCGGUGUUUCUGGUUCCUGGUGAAGGUGUGAUGCACCAACACUGUUCUGGUGGCUUGUGUCUCAGGUUCCUGGUGAAAGUGUGAAAGUGUGAUGUACCAGCGCUGUUCUGGUGGCCAUUCCUGGUGAAGGUGUGAUGCAUCAGUGCUGUUCUAGUGGCUGGUGUCCCAGGUUCCUGGUGAAGGUGUGAUGCAUCAGUGCUGUUCUAGUGGCUGGUGUCCCAGGUUCCUGGUGAAGGUGUGAUGCACCAGUGCUGUUCUGGUGGCUGGUGUCCCAGGUUCCUGGUGAAGGUGUGAUGCAUCAGUGCUGUUCUGGUGGCUGGUGUCCCAGGUUCCUGGUGAAGGUAUGAUGCAUCAGUGCUGUUCUAGUGGCUGGUGUCCCAGGUUCCUGGUGAAGGUAUGAUGCAUCAGUGCUGUUCUAGUGGCUGGUGUCCCAGGUUCCUGGUGAAGGUGUGAUGCACCAGUGCUGUUCUAGUGGCUGGUGUCCCAGGUUCCUGGUGAAGGUGUGAUGCAUCAGUGCUGUUCUAGUGGCUGGUGUCCCAGGUUCCUGGUGAAGGUGUGAUGCAUCAGUGCUGUUCUGGUGGCUGGUGUCCCAGGUUCCUGGUGAAGGUAUGAUGCAUCAGUGCUGUUCUGGUGGCUGGUGUCCCAGGUUCCUGGUGAAGGUGUGAUGCAUCAGUGCUGUUCUAGUGGCUGGUGUCCCAGGUUCCUGGUGAAGGUGUGAUGCACCAGUGCUGUUCUGGUGGCUGGUGUCCCAGGUUCCUGGUGAAGGUGUGAUGCACCAGUGCUGUUCUAGUGGCUGGUGUCCCAGGUUCCUGGUGAAGGUGUGAUGCACCAGUGCUGUUCUGGUGGCUGGUGUCCCAGGUUCCUGGUGAAGGUAUGAUGCAUCAGUGCUGUUCUAGUGGCUGGUGUCCCAGGUUCCUGGUGAAGGUGUGAUGCACCAGUGCUGUUCUAGUGGCUGGUGUCCCAGGUUCCUGGUGAAGGUGUGAUGCAUCAGUGCUGUUCUAGUGGCUGGUGUCCCAGGUUCCUGGUGAAGGUGUGAUGCACCAGUGCUGUUCUGGUGGCUGGUGUCCCAGGUUCCUGAUGAAGGUAUGAUGCAUCAGUGCUGUUCUAGUGGCUGGUGUCCCAGGUUCCUGGUGAAGGUGUGAUGCAUCAGUGCUGUUCUGGUGGCCGGUGUUUCAGGUUCCUGGUGAAGAUGUGAUGCACCAGUGCUGUUCUGGUGGCUGGUGUUUCAGGUUCCUGGUGAAGGUGUGAUGCAUCAGUGCUGUUCUAGUGGCUGGUGUCCCAGGUUCCUGGUGAAGGUAUGAUGCAUCAGUGCUGUUCUAGUGGCUGGUGUCCCAGGUUCCUGGUGAAGGUGUGAUGCACCAGUGCUGUUCUGGUGGCUGGUGCUUCAGGUUCCUGGUGAAGGUGUGAUGCAUCAAUGCUGUUCUGGUGGCUGGUGCUUCAGGUUCCUGGUGAAGGUGUGAUGCACCAGUGCUGUUCUGGUGGCUGGUGCUUCAGGUUCCUGGUGAAGGUGUGAUGCACCAACGCUGUUCUGGUGGCCGAUGUUUCAGGUUCCUGGUGAAGGUGUGAUGCACCAGUGCUGUUCUGGUGGCCGGUGUUUCAGGUUCCUGGUGAAGGUGUGAUGCCGUCUGUUCAAAUUAAAACGUCACCUGAAUUCAUACCGACGCUCCCAUUUGAAAAGUUGCUUCUUGGCGUGAUUGAGUCAGGUGUCAGGGUGAGGCACCAAAAUAAAUGCGUAAAAUCAGGCCGGCUGGAACAUCUGAUGACCUGCUGUUGUAUGUACACAGUUUGAAUUGAUGGAUGGAUUUAAGACAGAAGUUUUGUUGUUGGCAACAAACAAGAUUUUCAUGUGUUAAAUAAAUCAAGUGAAUUUCUGUUGUGGAAAAAGACUACAUACAUCUGCAUUUAAGAGUUGUCUUUGUGUGUACCAUGUGAAGAUCCUGUUUGGUUUGUUUUAAAGAGACACACACACUGAGUCUCCCUCAGACCGCUUGUUAUGCAAUGGAUUAACGUGAACAUUUAUUACCAAUGAUGCAAAAAUCACGGAAUAUGAGAGAUCGUGUGAUAUUUUGUGCUGAUUUGUCACCAUUGUAGGUUGUGUUUGAAGCAAUCCUUUGAUUUCUGAAAGAAAAGGUGUUUGCCACAUCGUACCAUGUGCCGUGUCGUUCUUCCACCCCCGAGCAAGUCACUCCAGUCUGCAGGCCCACCCCAUUAACGUCCACCCAAUAACCAGAGAAGCUUUUUUCUUUUCUUGCAAAGGACUGUCUCCAAAGAACAAAGUACAUGUUCACUUAUGCAGUGGUAGGAAGUAUGAAGACUCAUCUCGUUGCCCUUUUUUCCUCCUCACGCUGGUUCAGGUUGUCUUGCUGAUCUCUAGUAGUGAGUUUUGAUACUUCUUUAAUUUGUUGGUUCAAGUGACAAUUUUAAAGAGAUGUUUAUCUGAAAUAACCAUUAAAGUGAACACU